AUGAAAACUACGAGUGUGACGCAAUGUGGAGAUUUCAGCGUGCAGGCGCAGCGGAAGCAGGGCGUGCGCGCGGGCGCGGUGUUCGCGGCGUGCCAUGGCGCGGCGGUACAUCGCGGCGUUGCCAGCCCGCACGCCCCGGCGGCGUUUACGUCGGAGUUCCCACAUGCUGACCAGUCCCCUGACCAGGUAAUUUAUUAUUUUCAUGAACCCAAUAGCAAAUGGUGUGUAGAUUUAUUAAUAAACGGGAAUAAAAUUCAAUUUAAAUUAGACACAGGGGCUGAUGUGAAUGUGCUGCCUAGAAGAUAUUUACAAAAGAUAGGUAUGACAAGUGACAGUCUAAUGAAAAGUGCAGUUAAAUUACGCGGAUAUUCCGGCGGGGACAUUAAAGUUGUAGGUCGGUGUAACAUAAAAGUCAAGUACAAGGAUGUUAAUUACAUCUUAGAUUUUAUUAUAGCCGAUGUAGAUUCGCCACCAAUUUUAGGUUGUCAAUCCUGUCAGGAAUUAAAUUUAAUAAAACUGACGUUAGCAAUAAGUAAACAAAGUAAUGAUAAUUUUAAGGAGAAAAUUCUGCACGAAUAUAAAGACGUAUUUGAAGGUUUAGGAUGUAUGCCAGUUCAAGUGGAAUCACUCAGAAGUGAUGUUAUAGUAAAUCAUUUAAAAAAUAUAUUUUCUAGGUUUGGAAUUCCUGAAACAGUAAUGUCAGACAAUGGCCCUGAAUUCAAUUCUAAAGAAUUUCGACUUUUCGCACGCGAAUGGAACUUUAAGCAUAUAACAUCAUCCCCUCGAUAUCCACAAUCGAAUGGACAAGUUGAAAGAACAAUUCAAACUAUAAAAAACAUUAUGAAAAAGACCCGUUUAGAUAAGACUGAUUUUAGACUUGCGUUACUACAUUAUAUAAAUACACCUAUAAGUACAACAUUACCAUCUCCGUCUGAGCUUUUAUUCAGUAGGAAGUUAAGAACAACAAUUCCUUACCAGCCUCGUCUACUUCGCCCUGUCAUCUACAGGAACGUAAGAAAUAAUUUAGUUGAUAGACAAUUAAAACAAAAAUAUUAUUACGAUAAAAGAGCUAAGGAUAUGUGUGACCUAGUUGUAGGUCAAAAGGUUAAAGUGCGUUUCAAUAAGCAAUGGAAAUCCAUGUGGGGUCAUUGUUCCCGCUUAAGCCGGUUGGUAGCCGAGUGA